AUGUGGCUUCUCCUCACCUUCUCCUUCCUGCUGAUGUCUGCAGCAGCCCAGGACGACAAGAUGCCGGGAGGUGAGGAGUGUGAGCCCCACUCCCAGCCGUGGCAAGUGGCCUUAUUUGAGCGUGGGCGCUUCAACUGCGGUGCUUCUCUCAUUUCCGCACACUGGGUGCUGUCUGCAGCCCACUGCCAAACCCGCUUCCUGAGAGUGCGCCUGGGCGAGCACAACCUGCGCAAGCGCGAUGGCCCCGAGCAGCUGCGGACUGUGGCUCGCAUCCUCCCGCACCCGGGCUACGAAGCACGCAGCCAUCGCCACGACAUCAUGCUGCUCCGUCUAACCCGGCCCGCGCGCCUGUCCCCGCAAGUGCGCCCCGUGGCGCUGCCCACGCGUUGCCCCCAACCGGGUGAGGCCUGCGUGGUGUCUGGCUGGGGCCUGGUGUCUGAUGACAAGCCUGGGACCAAAGGGAGCACAGAGUCACAAGUGAGUCUCCCGGAUACGCUGCAUUGUGCCAACAUCAGUGUUAUCCCGGCCACAUCUUGUAACAAGGACUACCCAGGGCGCCUGAUGGCCUCUAUGGUGUGUGCAGGAGUAGAGGGCAGAGGCAUGGAUUCCUGUGAGGGUGACUCCGGGGGACCCCUAGUCUGUGGGGGAGUCCUGCAGGGCAUUGUGUCCUGGGGUGAUGUCCCCUGUGAUGCUACAAUGAAGCCUGGAGUCUAUACCAAAGUCUGCAGCUACUUGGAGUGGAUUAAGGAAACCAUGAAGAAGAACUGACCAUUUUGGUCUACCACCUAUGUCUCUGACUGAACGGAAGCUCCCAGAGCUGACCAGCAGCUGACCUGACCUGGGACAGUGUUGGGCCAUCCCUCAAGACCUCAUUUGUCCAAGGCACAGAUGUUAGCCAAGGACUUGUCCCGUCUCAGGCCAGAGCCGGUGCUCAAGGUCACCUGUUUAAACCCCGAGAUAACAAGAGUGCUGAUGCAAGUUUCUCUGUA